AUGUGGAAGGCUGGGUGGCUGGAACAGAUUUCUAAAUCUCAAAAAAAUUUUGUCUUUUCUCAGGGUACACUACGUGUGCUGCUAGUCCUGCUCCAUGAUUUUCCGGAGUUCUUAUGUGAAUACCACUAUGGUUUCUGUGAUGUCAUCCCUCCAAACUGCAUCCAAAUGCGCAAUCUCAUCCUCUCGGCUUUCCCUCGGAACAUGAGGCUCCCCGACCCCUUCACCCCCAAUCUGAAAGUGGACAUGUUGCCCGAGAUCACCGUCUCUCCCAAGAUCCCCACCAAUGUUGCUAGCCUCAUCCAGCCCCCAGAACUAAAGAAGAACUUGGACUCCUACUUGAAGAACAGGACGCCUGUCACCUUCCUCUCAGACAUGCGGACUUUCUUGCAGGUCAACAAUGAACCAGGGAUGCGCUACAACAUGUCUGUGAUGAACGCUUUGGUGCUGUAUGUUGGCAUGCAGGCUAUUGCUCAGAUCCAUAGCAAAGGCCUAACUCCAUCCAUGUCUACCAUUGCUCAUUCCGCCCACAUGGACAUAUUCCAGAAUCUUGGUGUUGAUUUAGACACAGAAGGUCGCUACUUGUUCCUGAAUGCCAUUGCCAACCAGCUGCGGUACCCCAACAGCCACACCCACUACUUCAGUUGCACACUUCUCCAUCUUUUUGCCGAAGCUAACACUGAAGCCAUCCAAGAGCAGAUCACGAGGGUGCUUUAUAUUAUAAACCUGUAUAUGAAGAAGUAG